CGCCCGAGACCAAUCAGGGGCCGCACGGAGAAGUGGGGAAAGGCCCUCCCGCCGAGGCCUUGCAAGUGACGUUGGACGACGCUGGCUGGUGGCGUAGCCAGCCGCCCUGCUUCGUCUCGUCCUCUCGCCUGGGGGUGUCCUGAUCUGCGCUGGCCGCGCGGCCAUUUUGGGCUUCGCUUCCACCCGCGUCCUCUUGCCCAGCCCUUCCGGGGUCGCGCUGCCGAGGGGCUUUUUAACGGACCGUCUCAUCUGGACAGUUGCUGCCGUCGCUGCGGAGGGCUCUAUGGUGGAGAGGCCUCGGGCAGACCAGGACACCUUUUUCCUGCCAGGAUGAAUGUUGUCUCGGCCGCUGCGUCCUGCGCCUGCUGUUCCGGACUGUGGUUUGCCGCCCGCGGCCGAAGCCGCUUCCCGCUCUGGUUCUUCUGCUGGCCCGGGGAUCGGCCUGGGGCCCCGACUCCGGCGCGCGACAAGGCCGAGAGUGUGUAGGCCUCUCCGAAUCCCGUCCGACCAGCAGCCCUGAGACUGCCGAGAACAAGGAGAUGGAGCCGGCAACAGACGGAUCGCGGCCACGGCCGGGCUCCCGGAUCCGGCUGCCCUUCUUCUUCCCUCGUCGCCCGCAACCCGGCACUUCCAAGUUGCCCACGCCUCCUGCCCCGGAACACUCCGGGGACCCCAGACUGGCUGCUUCCCCCCAGUCCCAGCCUCGGACCACCUACUGGAUGAAGCUGCUUUCCCAGCUCUUCGCGCCACUCCCCAGCUUGCUUCAGAAGCUGCUGGUUUGGACUCAGCUUUUCGGAGGGAUGGUUCCGACCAGAUGGCUGGAUUUUGCCGGAGGGUACAGCGCCCUGAGAGCCCUGAAGGCUCGGGAGGACCCAGCCGCGCCUCCCGCGCAGAAAUCUUUGAGCUCGCUGCGGCUCGACCCCUCGGACGACUCUGAUGCCGGCCCCCUCGAUUGGCUGGAGGAAGGGAUCCACUGGCCGUGCUCGUCUUUAGAUCUAGAAUUGGACCUCAAAGCCAAGGUUAGAGCCCUGGACCCUGCUGCACACGCCUUUCUGUUAGAGGACCCGCUGUGGGGAGUGGAGCUGCUGCCCAGUGGCCUUCAGGGCCAUCUUUGCUCUGACCAGGAACUUGGCCCUUUGCCCUCCGGGCCUUUAAACAUGAAGCGUUUGAGCAGUUUGAACGUGGUCUCCUAUUUGUUGAACCCCUCCUAUCUGGACUGCCUGCCCCGGGUGGGGCUCGGCUAUCAGAACAGCGUGGGAAGUGGGGAGCGAGUUGAUUUCCAGACCCUCAGCCCCGAGAGCAGCUGUCUGACUGAGGCCCGUGACCGUCCCCAGCCACUGAAGGCAGAGAUCACUUGCGCCUCCAGCCAGGGAUGUCCGCCCCUUUCCAGAGAGGGCCUGCCGGAAAUCCACCAUCUUCGCACGAAGCGCCUGGAAUUCCUUCAGCAGGCCAGCAAGGGGCAAGCGUUACCCACCCCGGACCAAGAUCAUGGCUACCACAGCCUGGAGGAGGAGCACAGCUUGGUCCGGAUGGAUCUGACACCGGGCGGAGAUAGUCCGACACAGUGUGUUCCCUCCGCUGGAGCCUUUCCCGGAACCGCUCAGGACCCGGGAACCGCAGGAAAAAUCGCGUUGUUGACUCAAGAGGUUCCACUUGCUGGGGAGCCACCGGGCCCAUCGGAAGGCUGUCCAUCUCGUGAGGUACCUGUGGAAAAGGAGCCUGGAGAGGACCAAAUAAGUGUAGUCGACUCCUCAGGCCUAGAGGAGGACCCUCCCGUCACCACCAGACCGGCCUGUAGCAACAGACUGAUAGAUUAUAUUUUGGGGGGUGCAUCCAGUGACCCGGAAACAAGUUCAGAUUCGGGAGAUGAGGGCUGGGAUGAGGAGGCCGAGGAUGAUGGCUUUGAUAGUGAUAGCUCAUUCUCAGCAUCAGACCUUGAACAAGACUCCGAAGGGCUUCACCUUUGGAACUCUUUCUAUAGUGUAGAUCCUUAUAAUCCCCAGAACUUUACGGCAACAAUUCAGACAGCUGCCAGAAUUGUUCCCGGAGACCCUUCCGACCCUGAGAAGGAUUUGCCUGACAAGUCUGAUCUCGAGAAUUCUCCCCAGAGUGGAAGCCUUCCCGAGUCUCCUGACCAGAAUUCCUGGGAGGAAGAGGACUGGGAAUCCAGCGCAGAUGAAGAAGAGAAUCUCAAACUGUGGAAUUCUUUCUGUAAUUCCGAUGACCCCUACAACCUUUUAAAUUUUAAGGCCCCCUUUCAAACAUCAGGGAAAAUUUGGAAAGGCUAUUGCGGCCUAGAGAGGCCUUGUGAGCCCACUGUGGCCAUUUCGGAGUGUCACACCUUACUUUCUUGUGAGGUGCACCUGUUAGGGGGCCAAGAAACCGAAGGUGCAGAUUUGGUACAGGAUGGGGUUCACAGGCGUAUCAAGAGGAAGAAGGUAACCUUCCUUGAAGAAGUCACUGAGUAUUAUAUAAGUGGUGAUGAGGACCGCAAAGGACCCUGGGAAGAAUUUGCACGGGAUGGGUGCAGGUUCCAGAAACGAAUUCAAGAAACAGAAGAUGCUAUUGGAUAUUGCCUGACAGUUGAGCACAGAGCAAGAAUGUUUAAUAGACUCCAGGAAACAUGCUUCAGAGGACUUAAUGCUUUCGAGCAAUGUUAAGAUGAUUUGACAGCCUGUAACCCGAGCAUUCACUACCUCUUACUUGAGAGGUUUCUUUUAAAAACAAAAAUUGGCAGCUGUCCUUUUCUUUUAAGAGGAUAUGCAGCUUGGACCCAGUGACCUAGUUUAAUUUUUUUUUUUCUUUUGCAACCAAUCCCACUCAAAUGUCCAGUUUGAAGCCAAGCCCUGGUAAUGAAGGAUGAGAUGAUGUGGCUUCUAAUCCUCCCUUUUUUUCACUUAGUUGGAUGUGUUUUUGAAUGUCCCCGGCUUGCCAAGGUGAAACGGGAUCGUUUAAGGUGUAGUUUUGCAUUUUCUUCUUGGGAAACAAUAGUUAUAGGGUUCAAAGCCCAUUUUCCGUCCUAAUUUAAAUUCCGUGUACUGUCUGAAAACUUUGGGCUCUCCCUCUCCGACGUUCUAAAAUUAAGGGGCUUUUAUGUUCUAUUUUUAUUUCAGUGACACGGCCCUUCUAACUUACAGCUAAGAAAAUAAUCUUGUGUAUGCUCCCAAAUUAAAUUAAUCUGUGUCAACUUCCCCUCCUACCAAAAAUGGCUCUGGUUGAAAGUUGUGUGGUGAGUCGUUUUCUAGGUGAAGUUCUACCUAUGACACUUUUGGGAACUGCCACAGAACUUCCGCACACGGGACUCUUCUGCUGUUUGGGAAAACUCUGUCUUUCUGCCAAAUUGUAAUGUCUAACACGUUUAACGGCUGUGCAAACUGUGUCUUGGAGAAGGUUUUCUACGUGUUUCUGUCAUUCCCAAUUUAAUGGUUCUUUGUAGGUUGCAACAGGUAGACAUUGUUGUAAAAGACUCUGGAAGGCAAUGAUUGCGUCAGAGGCAUUUGUUUCUUAAAUAUAAAAGCCAAGAAUUGUCCUAGGAAGGAGCUAGGAGACCUCUCAGAGCAAUUUGGUUCUGUCCUAUGUGCUCUCAACGGAAAACCAGUGUUAUCAAUCUCAUGUCUCAGCACUGUCACUUUUAAAACCUGUCAAGGGGGACACCGUACACUUGGAAACGGGCAGUUCUGAAUUUUCCACUUGGUGAUGUAAAAUAGGGACUUCAGUCGGUAUCCAAGUUUAUUGUGUUCUGCUGUUAAUGAGAGAAGUAAGACAAGGCCUGUACUUCCAGGAUGGUCCUAUAGACUUAACUUGAAAGUCUUAAUAUUUUUAGCCCAAAGUUUACUUUUGAAUUGAAGUUUUUGCAGUGACUGGUUGUCCUUGGUGUAUUUGGUCAGCUCUACGUGGUGUGCGUCUGUUAGGCCGAGGUGAGGUCAGUCCACUCCUUUUUGGUCCGUAUUUACCCCACGUGCCUACUGUCGCAGGUGAUGGAAAGCAUGAGUAGAACAGGUGACCUCUUCAGUUUCAACUUGCUUCAGCGUGGAAACACAGUUUUCAUCGGAAGUGCUGGCAGACUUACUACCUCAGUCUAUAAUCUACCUGGUCGUUACUUCUAUCCGGUCUGCUCUGAGAGUUGCCUCCAGUGAUGAAGUGCAUACUCACACGCGAACACACGAGAGUACACCGCCAUCAGAGCCGGUCCCAGGAGCCCUUGCCCCCCAGGUGUCGCACGCCUCCACUUUGGGCGAUCAUAGGGCGACGCUCGCAGAGUCCCGCCGGAGUGUCGUGGAAACAGGCGUCAGGAGGAAAGACCGCCUCAUUUCCCUUGAGCAGCGCUUUCUGAAACCGUCUGGGCAUUCCCUUAAAACCGGCCUGCAGCCUCCUGGUGGGUCACAGGCUCUGUCUGACACCUUGCCCCUCCUGCCACCAAAGUAAUGGCCUGGCUUGACGUGUACUGGAUUUUGGAACCUUGUUCCCUGGGGAUUCCAACCUCACUACGGAAUGAGUAAAAGCUUGGGGAAGAAUUAAUCCUCCCGUUUAGCACCCUCCUUUAAAAGAAGUGACCCGACAGUGAUGAACAGGACAGAAGGGGUUAUUUUUAAGUUGGACCGAAGGCGAAAACAGGUCUUGUCAUUUCAUCCCAAUCCUAGUCCUUAGAACAAAGGCAAACCCGGAAGCUCUCACGGAGCCGUGUGCACGUUUGAGGUCUCACAAUGGUGCUUUCAGUAUCAAUGUAGCGUGUGAAAGGCUUUGUACAGACAGGUAAAAUGUCCUUUCCUGGUGUUUGACAUGUGAGAACAGCACCUCUUCGUCGUUAACUUGAAAUCAAAACUGUCAGAUUUUAUUUUUUUAUAUUUAAAGGAAGGUGACUUUAGGGCACUAGGAGACUCUAAAUCGGCCUCUGCACAUCCAGUGAUUUAAAUGUAACCAGUUUGUGGGGAUUUUAUAGCUAAAAUUAUAUUUGUGUAUAUAACUUUAACUAAUCUGUAAAUUGUAAUAAAUAUAUUUGCAAUUAUUAAAUGUUACAUGAUAUUUUGGUUCAA